AUUCUUCUAUGAUUUAUUACCUAACCAAACAUUCUUCAAAGUUAAUAUAAGUAUUAAUUUCCUGUGAUUUUUUUCAAAUUGAUAUAAGGUAUCAUAAUAUUUCAAUAAUAAGGAAUAAAUUUUCAAUUACAGUCCAAUUAGUGGAAUGGGCGAUAGAGAUUGGCGCCCUUUUGUUUAUGGAGGACUCGCAAGCUGCGUUGCAGAAUUUGGAACAUUUCCAAUUGAUCUUACGAAAACAAGGCUACAAAUUCAAGGACAAGUUCUCGACAAGAAACAUGCUGUUCUUAAAUACACAGGAAUGGUAGAUUGUAUAGUUAAGGUUGCAAAACAAGAAGGUUUUAAAGCUUUGUACAAUGGAAUUUGGCCAGCAGUUCUUCGACAGUCCACUUAUGGAACAAUAAAAUUUGGGACUUACUACACUUUAAAAGACGUAAUUUUAAAAUAUAAUGAAGAUUAUGAACCAUUUAUGGUUAGUUUAUUCUGUGCUGUGAUAGCUGGAGCAGUAUCUAGUGCAAUAGCUAAUCCUACUGAUGUCCUGAAAGUUCGAAUGCAAGUACAAGGAAUAUCUAGAAAUCUGAAUCUAGUCAAAUGUUUCAGGGAAGUUUAUACUCAAGAAGGAAUCUCAGGAUUGUGGAGAGGUGUUACACCAACUGCUCAAAGAGCUGCUGUGAUAGCUGCAGUAGAACUGCCAGUAUAUGACUAUUGUAAGAGUAGGCUUCUCAAUGUUUUUGGUGAUAAUGUGGCAAAUCACUUUUUGUCCAGUCUAGUUGCCAGUUUAGGAAGUGCAGUAGCUUCUACACCCAUAGAUGUAGUCAGGACACGUCUAAUGAACCAAAGGAAAUUCAAAGAAAAUUUGAAAACAGAUACUUAUUUGUACCGUGGUACAGCAGAUUGUUUUUAUCACACCUUCAAGUACGAAGGUUUCUGGGCUCUUUACAAAGGUUUUAUUCCUACAUGGUUUCGAAUGGGACCAUGGAACAUAAUUUUCUUCAUAACCUAUGAACAGUUGAAACAUUUUUAUUGAAAUAUCCAGUUUUAUUGCAUUUUUUGUAUAGAAAAAUUUAAUAUAUUUAUUUAAAUACA